GGGGGCGCGCGGCCCCGCCCCCGGCCCUCCCGCAUGACGGUGCGGGUUCUGCCGGAGCCAUGAGCUACGACCGCGCCAUCACCGUCUUCUCCCCGGACGGCCACCUUUUCCAGGUGGAGUACGCGCAGGAGGCCGUGAAGAAGGGCUCCACCGCGGUUGGAGUAAGAGGGAAGGAUAUUGUUGUCCUUGGUGUGGAGAAGAAGUCUGUGGCGAAACUCCAGGAUGAAAGAACUGUACGGAAAAUCUGUGCUCUGGAUGACAAUGUCUGCAUGGCUUUUGCAGGGCUGACAGCUGAUGCCAGGAUAGUCAUAAACAGAGCCCGUGUGGAGUGUCAGAGCCACAGGCUCACCGUGGAGGACCCUGUCACCGUGGAGUACAUCACACGCUACAUUGCCAGCCUCAAACAGAGGUACACGCAGAGCAAUGGCCGCAGGCCCUUCGGGAUCUCUGCCCUCAUCGUGGGCUUUGACUUUGAUGGGACCCCACGGCUGUACCAGACCGACCCCUCUGGCACAUACCAUGCUUGGAAGGCUAAUGCCAUUGGCAGAGGAGCCAAAUCUGUGCGUGAGUUCCUGGAGAAGAACUACACUGAUGAGGCCAUUGAAACGGAUGAUCUGACUAUUAAACUUGUCAUCAAGGCUCUUCUCGAGGUGGUGCAGUCUGGUGGGAAGAACAUCGAGCUGGCAGUCAUGCGACGGGAGCAGCCGCUGAAGAUCCUAAACCCUGAAGAAAUUGAGAAGUAUGUUGCUGAAAUUGAAAAGGAAAAGGAAGAAAACGAAAAGAAAAAACAAAAGAAAACAUCAUGAUGAAUGAAAUGCAACCGCUUAGCUGCUUGUUUUUAAUUCGAGUGAUGGGUUUUUCUGUAUAGACAUGUAGGCAUUGCACUUACUCAUACUGUGCCCUCUUGAGACCUACAAUAAACCUACUGAUUUUUUUUUAAA